AGAAGAAGAACUCAGUGAGUCACGUGAUUCGGAGAAAGGCUUGAUAAGUGAUGCUAAAACGAGCGGAUGUCUGUGAUUUUACAAUAGAACAACAUUUAAAUGAACGUUUAUUAUCAUUUAGUGAUCGUGAUUUUUAAACCAUGGUGUCUAAACAGUGAUAAUUUGGGUUUUAUUGGGUAAAAAUGCAUUAGAAGGCUCUCUUCGCUAACUGUUGUUCUAAGAUGCUAGCCGGCUAAGCUGGCAAAGCUGAAUCCUUGAAGAACCGCUUGGACCGGAUCUUUCCUGACAUGGACGUGAGCAUAGCUGUGUCGCUUAUUCGGGGUCAGAUGGGCACCGUGGUGGAGCGAGCGGUCAACGUUGCCGUGGAGACCGUUUUGGCAGAGAUGCUUAAAGUGGUCGGAGCCAAAUUUGAGGAGCUGAAAACCCAGGUGAUGCUGAUGAAGAGAGACAUGGUGGCUCUGCAGAAGGAGAAGGCGCUGAAGGAGAAGGAGAACGACAACAUCCGGGCCAAGCUGCGAUACACGGAGCUGAAGCUGAAGUACUACCGCCAGGGCGUGGAGGAGGAGCUGCAGCAGAGAGCCUCCUCCUCCACUCUGGUCCGUAUUUACCCACCUGGAUAUGCCAGAGGGCAGGGGGGCGAGGUCCUGCCCACUGAGCCCUCCCCAUCCUGCUCGGCUCAGAGGACCCCAGAUACAGUGCUGGUGAAGAGCGGUCAAGAAUGCACCUCUUCACAGAGCACAUGCAGGCGUGCGAGCAGAGCGUGCUGCCCGUCAGACACAACAUGCUCGGACUCGAUGGAACUGCGACAGAACGCUCCUGCAGAACCGCUGGACGGCAACGCCGCUUUCCUUCCGGAGCGUGACAUCUGUCCUACCCGAGGUCCAGAUGAGGCCGAAUGGAGCAUCUCUGUGGGGUCGCACUCAGACGCCACAGUGGCCACUCCCUCUAUCCAGAUCCUGACCACUGAUACGGGUCCUCCUCCAGCAGGCAUCUCAUCUUCUCCACCAGCCCACAGCUGGAGCCCCCCCUCCCCUGCUCCACAGGUGAAGCAGGAGCUGCAUCCGCAGGAGGAGGAGGAGGAGGAAGUGAUCUGCAUCAAAGAGGAGCCAGAGGAGCAGCAGGUGAUGGCGACCUUGGAGCAGCAGAGUUGUCCUCCAGAGUCAGAGGCUCAACUGUUGGUGACAGAGAGGAAUAAACCUUCAACAAGCCAGAUGAACCCGAGCGUCUCCGUCAGCUCAGGAGGACCGAAUACCUACGCUACGUCUCAGCUCGCUGCCUCCCUGCCCCCGGGGGCGCUGCAGCCUUGGAGCAAAGACCUCACCUUCUACGACGAGUUCAAGCUCCGCAGGAACGAGCUGCGGCGGCGAAACCUGAGCCGUCAGAGAGAACUGGAGAAGGAGCUACCUCAGCCUCUGCUGGCAAAUCUGGUGCAGGAGCGCCGAGAGAAGACCAGGCUGAGGGUGGCCAGAUGGAGAGCCAAGAGAAAACUGCAGGCCUAUCUGAACCAGACUCAGGCUCAGGCCGGAGCUGCUGGUUCUUCUCCUUCGGGUUUUGCAGGCGGCAGUCAGCAGCUUACAGCUCCCUGUGCUUCCAGGAACCAGCAGAGGCAGAACGCCAGCAGCUUCCUCUGCAGCGCAGCUACUGGCAACAUGCCCGUCAUCCUCCCCCUCAUCUCUGCCUCGUCCUCCCCCCUCAUCCUUCAAUGCCCCAGCAUGCUCCCGAAUGACCAGAAUGUCACUUCAUCUUCAUCCUCCUCCUCUUCCUCUUCAUGUACACAAGUCAGCCUAUCACAAACCCAGAUGUUCAACAGCGAGUCGUGACUUUCUUCACAAGAACCACACAUUUAUUUGAGAAAAUUCAAACUGAAGAACUUUAUUUAAACUUGAAGGACAGACAGUUAUGUGUGAAAUUGUUUCCUGACUGAACACUCCUGUCUUACUUUGUUCAUAUUUAAAGAUGCUAGCUCACCUCUGGAACUGCCUGCUGAGAACUUCAGCAUGCAGAGAUUUUUAAACAUGGCUUAUAGAUGAACUUAUCUGGUUGACUGUUUUUAUUUAUUUAACUUUCUUCUUUUAAUGAUUUUAGCCUGAUGGUUUCCAUGUAGGGAUCCUUUGUACCAACAUACUGCCUGCUCACAGCAGAAGUCUCUUAUAAAUAAAGUUUAUGAGUUCGUCUUUUG